UACAACUUUGUCGUGAUUUUGAGGUUAUCCCUUAAAAAAUAUCAAAAAAAAUAUGUUUUAUUUUUUGCGUUCCGCGCGAAAUACUCAAAGAAAGAUAAAUCUACGAAAAUAUUCAACUGAAGUUGCAAUAAAAGAGAAGAAAGAGGAUGAGUUACAAAGAACGGUUGAAAAAUUAUCAAAAGUAUCAAGUAGAGAGGUUAUAAAAAAGCCGCAAAGAGAACCCUUUGUAAAAAAUUUCUUUUUGGGUGUUGUUGACACAGAAUUAAUGGCAUAUCCAGAAGUAUUAGAUAAAAAACAAGUUGAUACCCUCGAAGAAGAAAUAAAUCCAGUUAAAGAUUUCUUCGAAAAUAUAAAUCAAACCAACGAAAAAGAAAUUAAUCGAAAUUACAUUCAGAAUUUGAGUAAUUUAAAUUUAUUGGGGCUUCAAGCCUCUUCGAUGGACGGUGGGCGACAAUUAUCAUUAACAGAAACUUUUCGGUUUUACGAAGAGUUUGGAAAAGCUGAUGGAAAAAUUGGUAUGGUACAAAAUCAACAGUUGGGGUUACAAAUGUUGUUGAAAUACACAAAACCACAUCUAAAAAGAUACAUCGACGAUAUCAUUCAAGGAAAAUCAAUUUCAGCCUUUUUUAUAAACGAUUCAACAUUAACAGAGAAUACAAAAAAUAAAACGCAAGCUGUUUUAUCCAGCGACGAAAAAUAUUGGAUUUUAAACGGAACCAAACAUUGGAUUGUUAAUGGCGAAAACGCCGACAUUUUAAUUGUUGUAACACAGGCCGAAAAAUUAAAUAAAGUGGGAUUACGAGAAAAUAAAAUGAUUGCGUUAUUGGUUAACCGAAACGAUGGAGGAAUUACAUCAAAACCAAGUAAUAUUUUUGGUUUAAACCAAACCGAUAUCGCUGAUGUAACCUUUGUAAACACCCCUGUUCCAAUAGAAAAUGUUUUAACAGAAGAAAACCCAAAUGAUAAAACAAUAAACUGUAUUUUAAAUGAAAAUAGAUUAAGUACAGCUCCGAUUGCCAUAGGAAUUUUGAAGAAAGUUAUUAAUAAAUUUAUCAAUGAUUGUAUUAAUUGCAAAUUACCCCAAGGAAAUCUUACAGAAACUGAAAUAAUUCAAACUAAAAUUGGAAAGUUAAUAACACUUCUUUAUGGAAUGGAAAGUUUAACUUACUUAACAUCCGGAUUAUUAGAUCAAUACGAAAAUCAAGAUUGCGAAAUUGAAUCGACAAUAACAAAAUUAUUUAGUAUCCAACAAUGUUCUAAUUCAAUUUUGGACGUUAUGAAAUUCGUUGGAACUCAAUCCUUAGAAAGUGACGACUUUUAUAAUCGACUUUAUCGCGAUUCUUUGGGACAUAUGUUGCUUCACGAAUCUGUUUAUAAUUUAAAGAUAAUCGUUGCUUUGUUAGGACUCCAACAUGCAGGGAAAACAUUAAACGAUCGUAUCAAAGUGAUACGAAACCCAGCAUAUUACCCGAUCGAAGCGUUUAAACGAAUGUGGACUCAAAGAAAACAUUUUCAAGAUGCCCCCGAUUUAAAUUUGAAAUUGAACGAGUUUCUACAUCCAUCUUUACAAUAUCCUUCGCAACAUCUUGAAUAUUCUAUUAUAAGAAUUAAAUUUGCAACUGAAGUAUUAUUUGGGCGUUUUGGUGCUGAUGUUAUUGGAAAACAUGCUGAUUUAGAGAGAUUAGCUGACGCAAUUGUUGAUGCUUACGCAAUGACUGCAGUUUUAGCUCGGGCGAAUCGUUCUUAUUGUAUUGGAUUACAACACGCCACAAUGGAAAUGGAAAUAGCCACAGCGUUUUCUGAAUUAGCCGUGAAACGAGUGAAAAAUAAUAUAAAUGAUAUUGUUGAGGGUUCUUUAUAUUCGAUGGAUGAGAGGCACGCGUCAAUUGGAAAAUAUUCAAUUACACAUAAAGAAUAUACCCCAGUACAUCCUUUAAGUAGAAUUUUUUAAAUUAUACUUAGGUUUGGUUUUGUUCUGUUAAUUUAUAAUAAAAUUUAUAUGUGAUA